AUGUCUGUGUGGUCUUUUAACUGUGAUGUGGAGUGGGUGGUAUCUAGGGUGGGGCUCGGGCGCAAGUGUGGGCAGGGCCCAGGGGGCAACGAAAAUUUUGUUGUACGGGGCCCCGUGAUUUCUAAUGGCGGCCCUGUUCCCAUCUGAACAUCAAAGAUGGGCAUGAGUGCAAGAACAUCAAAGAUGGGCAUGAGUGCAAGUAGCCGGCAAUACUACCAGUGGCGCUUUGAAAAGCCCUCACCGUGGAUCUCGCCUGAUCUGGACAUCUUUGAGAUCAGGGAUUUUGAGGAUCCACUCGCGGGCCCUUAUCUCGAGUGCAUCAGGGACAAGAUCACCUUUGACAUCAGGUUUGCACUCUACGAUCUGUGGAUGGCCAAGGACUGCGUGAAGAUCACAAAAUGGUGGAAAUUACACCUUAAGAACGAGUUCUGGCAGGACUACAGAUACAUCAAGGCCCACCUGAAACACCUCUACAAAGAGCUAGAGAAGAUCAACAAGGCCAUACUGAUUAAGAACAAUGAGAGAUAUUCAGGUGCAGUAUAUAAUCCAUCCUUUUCUUUCCCACACUUGGUCAAUCAUUUAAUUUUGCUUAAUCACCUGAUUUGUGCUUAA